GGCGGCUGGGAGGUGAGCAGCGGGCGGUGGCGGCGGUGGCGGCGGCAGUUGGGGGCUGAAGAGGGUUCAUAAUAACGGUGCUAAGCAAGAGAAUGUAAGAGGGGAAAAGAACUAAAUAUUUUUACUGAGAUCACUCCUGUAAACUAUCAAGAGAGAUGUUUAUAAAAUACUUGGAACAAUACAGAUUGUACUAAGAAAAUGUGCUUUGAUCAACUCUGGAGAUAUAAAGCAGGGAACUUAAUAAAUCAAAUCCUAUUUGUGAAUGGAAAAGACUGGAAGUUCAUCUUAAAAUCUCUUCAACAGGCCACGUAUAAAAGGUGUCUCAUAUUCCUUGUUGUCAGUGGGUGGAACACAAUGGAUCACGGAGGGGCUGUAGACACUGAAGAUGAGUUGGGACCUCUAGCCCAUCUUGCUCCAAGUCCUCAAAGUGAGGCUGUGGCUCAUGAAUUCCAGGAGCUCUCCUUGCAGUCCAGUCAGCAUUUACCCUCUCUGAAUGAAAGGAAGAAUGGAAGUGUAGUCUUUGGGGAGUCAGGACUCCAGCUUCCUCUGCUGACUCAGUCUGUGAGUGUGGUGCUCCAGCUAAGGCUGCAACAAAGGAGGACAAGAGAACAACUAGUGGACCAGGGCAUCAUGCCACCUUUGAAGAGCCCAGCGGCAUUCCAUGAACAGAUAAAAAGCUUGGAACGAGCCAGAACCGAAAACUUCUUGAAACACAAGAUUCGGAGUCGACCAGAUCGUUCUGAACUUGUCAGGAUGCACAUUUUAGAAGAAACAUUUGCAGAGCCUUCUCUGCAAGCUACACAGAUGAAGCUGAAACGAGCUCGACUGGCUGAUGAUCUGAAUGAAAAGAUUGCUCAAAGACCAGGUCCUAUGGAGCUGGUGGAGAACUACAACUACCAGGCCAUCCUGCCUGCACCGACCAAAAAUGACAAAAAUAGUAACAGUGGAAAUUCAUCUUUGAACAAUACCACGCCCAACACACCAAGACAGAAUACAUCUGUUCCUGCAAGGAAGCCAGGACCUCUGCCUUCCAGCUUGGAUGACUUAAAGGUAUCAGAAUUGAAGACAGAACUGAAGUUGAGGGGUCUGCCAGUGUCAGGCACCAAACCAGACCUCAUUGAACGUCUGAAACCUUACCAGGAGGUGAACAGCAGUGGUCUUCCCCCUGGCAGUAUUGUGGCAGUGUCAUCAUCAGCCAUCGUCACCAGUAACCCAGAAGUCACCAUGGCAUUGCCAGUCACAACACUACAUAAUGCCAUGCCUAGCUCAGUUUCCACUUUCAAGGCAGAAUUGCCAACUGCUGUGCCUAGCAGUGUAGCCCAUGUUGAAAAUCUUCAUUCCCCUCUACCAAUCUCACCAUCACCUUCUGAACAGUCUAGUCUCAGUGCUGAUGACACAGCCAUGACAGACACCUUCACUGAGAUCAUGACAAUGAUGUCCCCCUCACAGUUCUUGUGUUCAUCUCCCCUAAGAGUGGCAAACCAUGAAGAUAGCCUGAGCCCCACCAGCAGCACUCUGUCAAGCCUGGAAUUAGAUUCUGCUGAGAAAGAUCGCAAGCUUCAGGAGAAGGAGAAGCAGAUUGAAGAGCUAAAACGAAAACUGGAACAAGAGCAGAAGCUCGUGGAGGUUUUGAAGAUGCAACUUGAAGUUGAAAAACGAGGGCAGCAGCAGCAGCGGUCACCAGAGCCCCAGCCCAGCACCACUGCUCAUUCCACCAGCACUUCAGACCAGAAACAUGGUGGCACUGGUUCCUCCAUCAAGGACGAGGCCUCACUGACUGACUGCUCCAGCUCCCGGCAGCCCAUUCCAGCAGCCAGCCACUCUGCAGGUCAACCCAUCUCUGCCAGUGCCCAGACCCUUGUUGCCAAAAAGGCCAUAGUCAUCAAACAAGAGGUCCCUGUGGCCCAGGCAGAACAGCAGAGUGUAGUCUCACAGUUCUAUGUGAGUUCUCAAGGACAGCCACCCACUGUUGUCGCCCAGCCCCAGGCUUUGCUGACCACACAGACUGCUCAGCUGCUGCUCCCAGUGUCUAUCCAGGGCUCCAGUGUCACCUCAGUGCAACUCCCAGUAGGCAGCCUCAAGCUCCAGACUCCACCGCAAGGAGGAAUCCAGACUCAGCCUCAGAUUGCAACUGCUACUCCAGUGCCAGCUGCAGCCUUGCCCUCGGGCCUGGCUCCCACUGCACCUCAGAAACAAGAUGCUUUCCCCCAGCAUGUCCUCGGUCAGCCUCAACAAGUCAGAAAGGUUUUCACAAGCUCAGCACCAAAUCCAGUUCUUCCAUAUGCAAGACAAUCUGCUCCAGCAGUCCAGCAGCCCUUUAUUGCUAAGACCUCCAGCAGCGGUCUUCAGUCCAGAACCACCCCGCUCCCCUCCAUGCAAAAUGGACCCAACACUCCCAGCAAGCCUAGCUCACCUCCACCACCCCAGCAAUUUGUCGUCCAGCACUCUCUGUUUGGGACCCCAGUCACAAAGACAAAAGAUCCGCCCCGCUAUGAGGAAGCCAUCAAGCAGACGCGCAGUGCACAAUCGUCCCUUCCAGAGAUUUCCAGUGCACAUAGUCAGCAGAUGGACGAUCUCUUUGAUAUCCUCAUAAAGAGUGGAGAGAUUUCCCUCCCUGUAAAAGAAGAGCCUUCUCCAAUUUCCAAAAUGAGACCAGUGACAGCCAGCAUCACCACAAUGCCAGUCAACACAGUGGUUUCCCGGCCACCACCCCAAGUCCAAAUGGCACCACCUAUAUCCUUAGAACCUAUGAGCAGUUUAUCUGCCAGCUUAGAGAACCAACUAGAAGCAUUCUUGGAUGGAACUUUACCUUCAGCCAAUGAAAUUGCUCCUCUACAAACCAGCAGUGAAGACAGAGAGCCCUUUUCUCUAAUCGAGGAUCUCCAGAAUGACCUGCUGAGCCACUCCAGUGUGCUGGACCAUUCACACUCACCCAUGGAGACUUCUGAGGCCCAGUUUGCUGCAGGUACUCCCUGUCUGUCUCUGGACCUUUCAGACUCAAACUUGGACAACAUGGAGUGGCUGGACAUCACCAUGCCCAACACAUCCUCAGGGCUCACUCCUCUCAGUGCCACUGCACCAAGUAUGUUCUCUGCUGACUUUCUAGACCCACAGGAUCUACCAUUACCAUGGGACUAGCAUCAUAGGUUGCCUGUCUCAGAGUUCAUGAGGUUUCAGAACAAGAAUCUGAAAGGUCAGUUUUUAGAGCUAGCUACCUAGUUGCAUUAUUGCAAUCAAAAUAUGAUGUCUUGGAUGGAAAGUUGUAGCCUGGAAACCAAGUUUGAAAACAUUUCGCUGUAUUUGGCAGUGAAUUUCUGCAAUUUAAUAUAGCACAGGGCCUUUUGAAAAAAAUACACUAGUCCACGAAGACUCCUCUGUUUCCCAGACUGCAGUAAAGAAUAAAAAGUACCGUUAGACAAAAAUAUAAGGAAGAGUAAUGUAUACAAGAAAAUGACACUAGGAUUCUCUGGUAAUCAAUUACUAUGUGCUCACUUUAUGACCCUAAGUAAGAGGCAGACAACUCUUCUCACAAAACAAGGCUGCUGUGAAAGCCAUGAGAGGUCCUUGCAUACAGCACUUCAAGAGGCAGCCUGAGCUAGGCCAGAAUACAGCAGGGGUCAGAGGCAGUGGUGAAAGCUGGCCAGUUCAGUGUUGGCUUCCAGCUGAAGACUUUGGGUUCCAUUCAGAAACCUAUGUAAUUUUUUGUGUUACAGUUUAUUUUGUGGUUUUUGGAGUCUUACUUUAGGUUUCCAAAUUUAAUUGAAAGAUAUUUCACCAUAACCAAAUGUCAUGAACAACUCACUGUAAAAAAGUCCAGGUAUAUUGAUAACGCUGAAAAUUCUUUUAGCAGCCCUCUGGGUUGAUUAGAUUGGUUUUCCUGUGUAUAUUAGACAUUUGUAUGUACACUCUAAUUUUGUGAUCUGUACAGCCUACAUUAAUUAGGGUAAGGAAAUAGAAACACAAUGGUCCUACUUCUUUUAGCAACUCAAAAUGUUUCUAGAGUACUUGAGCCAGGUGCAUUUUUUCUGUAAAAGAGUUGCUGACUAACUUUCAGGUAACCAGACCCAUCUCAAAGAACCAAGAAAAACGCUUGAGCAUGAAUCCCUUCCUGAGCUAGUGAGAUAGGAGAAUAAGAAGUAAGGGGAAAGUCUGUCAUGAGCCCAGGACAUUCCCACCCUGAGCACAGAUGAGGUUGGCUGUCCUUUUCUGUCGCAGACCCCUGGUUCUCCUUUAGCAGACUUGUAACUGGAUAUUCUACCCAUACUCUCACUGUGUUAUCAGCCUAAGAUUAAAAACUGGAGGUUUUAUUAGUCUUUUAUACAGAAAAAAGUUAUCACAUUUGUUGACUAGUUUGUGAUGAAUUUUCUAAAAUGCCAACUAUAAGGUUUCCUAUAUUAUUUUAAUUUAGUCAUUGAAGUAUAUGCAAAAUGUAAAUGAACAAAACUGAAAUCUUCCAAAGGAACAUGGAUGUUUUUAUUAAAUAAUAAUACCAUGCUUUUCACUUCACUCUUGCUUAAACCUAGGGUCAAGUCAAUCCCUGAGUCACUAAAUAGUUGAUGCUUCAGAGAUGUGUAGGUGGCUGACUGACCCAUUGUUUGGAAAAAAUUAGUGAAUUAUUUGAGGUUUAUAUUUUGCCUAAAAGUGAUCUUAUUUUCAAUUCUUUGUUGUUUAUAAAUUUUACUACCUGUGGAAAAAAGUCUGCUUUCCGAACCUGAGCACACUGGAGCCCUCUGACACUUGAGGCUUGAGGGGUUAACAGUACCCACAUGCCUCCUAACCAUGAGGCUGCUUUGCUCAGUGGUGAAUAGUUUAAGUGUUUAGACAUUGGUAAUCCAACGCAUUGGCUAUAGGAACUCUGUUAACCAGAACACUUUCACCUAACCUAACCCAACAUGAGUUUACCAUGCUGGAGAUGAGUAAAGCUCAGUCAGCCCCACAGACAGCGCCGUCUCCACUCCAGAGCUGUUUGAUCAGGAAGGGGCUUUUCCAAUAGGAGGUCUUGGCACAGGGUUUUUGCUGAGAGCUUCCAUCUGGGGUUGUCAAGUCCAUACUUAGAGUCUGAGCAUCCCGUUUAUUCAGAAUUGAAUGGCUUGUUAAAUUAGCAGUAAAUACCAGUGGGACUACAGGAGGCAACUGAACACCUACUGCUGUUAACUUGUGUUCAAGAAGCUGAUAUUUCCACAGUCCUGAGUUGUAAGCCUAGAUAAUUUUCUGGUCCUUAGGUCCCUCUAUUACUUUUUUAAAAUAGGUUUUAAAAUUUGCCAUAAGAAGGUUGCUCUCCAAAAACACAAUGCCGUGCAAAGAAUGCUAUCCCCUGCAGUUCAUUCGGCAAGAACAGGCUGAAGUGCCCACUAGACACAUGCACUCAAGCCUUGACACGUCAUUUUCAUUGUUCAGAAAGUGAAGAAUCUCGAGCUAUGAACCCAUAGCUGCUAUCCCACUCGCACCAUUCCGCAUGGCCACUCUCCUUGCUGGCAGGUACUUGUGACAUGAGUGCUGCUCUCCAGGACCCACUGCCAUAUUCCAGGCAUGCAUGUGACAUGACCAAAGACCAUACCAUAUAAACAAGGCCCUCUGUAUCUUGGUAAAUGCAAUGGGAAAGAGUGUGUGUUUACUAUAGGUGACUUUUUGUUUAAGGUUAGUUUCGCAGCCACUAAAGCACAGGUCAGAAUAGCCAGUUGAAUUUUCACUAUGCAUGUGUGUAGUUUAGACAUGGUACUUUUGUGUAUUAUAUUGCAGAGUGUCGUAUUGCCAAGAAAGUAACUCCUAGAAAUGUGUUAUGUUAUACCCCAGUCUUAUUUCCCUGCAUAUUCUCAAAGCACAGUAAGAUUGACCUUUUCUUUUACUGUACAUAGGUAUCAACUUUUAUUGGGGGUGAGAUGAAUAAAAAGAAUUACACUAAAUCUUAGAAGUAUAGGGGUGUGUGAGCAUCUCACUCAUUUUAGUAAAGCAUCUGUUAGGAAGCCUCUUAGGACAGUGUCAGCGGUUCAUGUUCUAGUGCUUUCUUGAAACAUUUUAUCUACUUAAUAGGAUUUGCUACAUAACUGUACACAGAUAUAUUCUGAAUUUGUGAAAUAUUUGCUCAGAUACUAUUUGUGUUUGUUCAUGUGAAUAUUUUAGCAAUACUAAGAGGUCUUGUUUAAAUUUCCUUUCUUAAAGUUGCAUGGCUCUGUGACUGGUAAUGACUGACACGGUUUUUUAGAAACUGAGGUAAAGGCAGUCUGGUGUUCCCCUGAGCUGCAUCUCAGUAAGGCAGCAUCAUGGAAAUAAGAUAGCAUCACCGAACUGUGUAGUCAGCGGACACUGAGUGACACAUGAGAGCAUGUUAACCCACUUUGUCACCAAAGCUGACUCAGGCUUUCUCUGCCCUCAGCCCCUGAUCAUAACAGGCAACACAGCUUGCUUCAGGGUCCUGUCAGAAUUCCCAGGCAGGAACCAACCACAACAGCUGACAAAACAGCUGUCCUCAAAGUGACAGGGCAGUCUCUUUUUCCUGUCUUCAAAUGGACUUGGCCUUAGAGAAACGGCAGAGCACUCUGGCAAGGAUGAAAAUAUCUGAGAAGAGCUGAUACUUCAGCACACACCUUCAUGCCACUUCCACAGGCUCUGGCAGUGGCUGGCCUCAGGAGCACCUAACUGUCGGUCAUGUGAGAAGCUCCUGGCACUGCUGGGGCCUUUUUAGAGAAAUGUAAAGAGAAUAGCAAUUCAGUGUACCAGCAGAACAACACAGAGUCACCAAAUUCACACAUAACUACUGUUUACUAUCUGUCACUAUACACAUGAAUGCUAAAUACUGGCAUACAUUGACCCACUGCCCUAGAGGACAUGAAAUUAGCCCCAAGUGAGCCAAGAAUAUUAACUGGAAGGUCAGGUUUACCAAGGAACAUAGCUUACCAGUGCAUAAAUGUGUAUUUGGAGAGUAUCCUAACUAUAUUUCAGCUGAUCUUUUAAGUGAUUUCAAUCAAAACUGGAAAAAUAACAAGAUGUAAUUUUUUUUCCUAGUUCGAACUUUCAGUCAUUUGCUCAUUGAACAAUCUUUCUUGGCUGUAUUGUUAUUUGUAAAUGACUAUCUACUGGCAAUAAGCAGGUCCACAUUUAUUCCCCACUCAGCCUUUCUUACAGUAUCUGAGGAAAUGCACCAUGGCAAAGGGUUUCUACCUGAAAUCUUUUGUUGAAGGCCUGUAAUUCAAAAAGCUGCACAUGUUUACAGAAGAGCUCUUAUCCUCCAUUCACAUACAUUGCUCUGUGACCCAUGAUCGGAAAAUGUCACAGCUUUAAGACAACAGGAUGGCAAUCUGAGAUCUAUAAGGUGCUGUCUAGAAUCAAGUAAACUAUGUUACUGGAGAUGUCAACAGAGCCAUAGUAUGUAACAGAGCUUUAUGCCAACUACUAAGACAAAGCUUUAACAAAGUUUAGAGAAUCACCGAAUGGAUAACAAUUACCUCUUGACUUUUUGCUGUAAGGUCUCCUGUUAAUUUGGUAGGAAGAGGAAGCAUUUAGGAAAGACUUUAGUAUCUACCAAAAGUACUUGACCUCAAGUAACCAAUAGUAAUGCAAAAUGCUUUAAAGGAACCAAAGGCAUUGCCAAGUAUUUGCCAAAAGGAGGCACUUUUUGUUUAAAAUUUGAGACUAAUGAAAUCUCAAAAAUCAGUCCCAAAAAGGUAUUAUCCAUUUAAAGUUAUAAUUUUCACAAAGAUGUAGAUAUUUCUCUAUUGUUUUCAUGUAAAAUAGUAUAGAAUUGUUUUGUUAGUUUAAGAAUAAUACAUAUUUGGUAGUAUUACAGAGUUUUUUCCUUUCUGUGUAGAAAUUAGUUUUCUUGCUUGAACUAGAAAUACGGCGUGAUAGGUGUUUAUCUUAUUUUCAUUGUCACAUUAUGUCUUAGCAUCUCACUUUAUGGAAAAGAGGAGAAAGAUACCAAUCUUUAGAGCCCUGCUUAUUAAAAGCACUAGCUUAAUAAACAAAAAGUUAUGGCAAUUGGGGGGUCCAUUCAUGUAUUGCCUUUCUGUUGUUUCUUUAAAAAAAAAAAAACCAUGAUGCCUUCGUAUUUGCUGUUUGCACCCCUGGAAUCAAUUCCAUAUCAUGUUUGAAUGCCAUACAUUUUGCACAUGUACUGUACAUAGGUAAUGCAUACUGUAUUUUUAUAUGUGUACACAUUUAUCAUCAGAUCUUUUGUACAUAGUGGCAGUAUCGUAGAUGAUCCGGAAAUGUUUGAUAUCUCAGCGAUUUUGCAUUUUUGUGUUCCAAAUAAAAAACAUUUUGAUGUAUAA